AUGUCGACCAGCAACUUGAGCAACGUCUCAUCGAGGGAAAAGGAUUUGGAUUGUGGAGCAUUAUAUGAGCCAUAUGUGUUUAAAAUAAGUUUGAUAGUUGUCUACUGUAUGGUCUUGUUGGUUGGCUUGACUGGAAACGCCCUUAUAAUCACAUUGGUGUACAAGCGGAAAGACUUAAGAAAGACUAUAAAUCAUCUUAUCGCCAACAUGGCAUUUUCUGACUUUGUCUUUCAGUUAACAUUCAUUCCAGUUGAGUUGGCGAAAGCAUCGUAUGGUCAAUGGCCGAUUGCUGAACCGGCCGGAUCAAUUGUCUGCAAGAUCCAGCGUUUUGUUAUUUAUGCCUCUAUCUAUCUUUCUGUACAAAGCCUAACCUGGAUUGCAUUAGACCGGUUUAUAGCGGUAGUCUUUCCAAUGAAAGUCCAUCUGAUUUCCUCCAGAUUUCGCGUUUUGGCCAUUGCUUCCUCGUGGAUCGUUGCCCUUUUGUGCGGCGCCGCAUCUUCAGUUUAUUCGAACGUCGUGCACAAAAAUGGUCCACUUGACUGCACAGAGAAAACAACUGCAAUUUCUCGAUAUGUCGGAGCCGCCUGUUCCUUUGCUUCGUUGAUUUCCAUAACAAUUUUAUACUGUACUAUAGCGGUAACUCUACGAAGGAAAAAUAAAGCACUCCCCACUUCAGCUGUGAAUGGAAACAUUCAAAGAAAACGGCAAGCCAUGAAAAUGUCCCUUUGCGUCGUGGCAGCCUUUUAUUUAUGUUUUAUCCCUGUCAUUAUUAUUGUCUUGUUGUCAGAAAGAGUACUGGAAAGAUCAUGUUUGUUAUUCCGAGUACUAAGGCGAUUACCUGACCUGAUGAUCAACCUUUCAAGCACCGCAAAUCCAAUAAUCUGCUUCGUCUUUGUCGAAAACUACCGGCGUGGCCUGAGAGAAUUUUGUGGUUCGUUUCUUAUUAAAUGCUCGAAGAGAAGACAUAACAUUGACUAUGGUCCAAAAGGAAUAACUCUUCAAAGUAUAAGGGUCCUACAAAACUCUCAGUAAUUAAUUUACAUUUAAUUUUUUUUUUCUAAAUAAAAGGCUUUUCCCUGGAGUAGUUCCUUGUUAGUUAGCCUGUUGCAGGCUCCAAGAAAGUAAUGUGCAGAGAUUGUGAUAACUGCACGGUCGUCUACGUCGCUAACGCCCUGCUCACUAACGACUUAAAAGUCGUUUCGCGCACGUUUUGGGUCGGUUCUCAAACUGCUUUUCGUCUGAUCAGUUGAUGAAUGAACAAGGUAAAUACAUGCGCAGCGCUCGUUUCGGUUCUUACACGGAGCUACAUAAGACGUCAGCGAACGGGACGGUAGCGGAACGAUUCGUAGACGAAACGACCGAUAAAAAAAUGAUAUGAAAACGUUAGAUCACGGGCGUCCUACUUUCCCUUGACCUUGUGUUCGCGAGGUCCCUACGAUCAAAGAGCCUGGUUUGGGCUACUUGAUACGUCUAUUAAUAAAGUGUUGUUCAUAUUAAUGUACUGUAUUGAACUCGAUAGCAGUUAUCACUUUUUUUCUCACUUAGCCUUGUUGGCCCCGAAUUUACGAAGCAUUCCUAACUUUAAGUUAUUCGUCACCAUGGAUCUCAACUAUUGUUUCUUUCACUCCUACGAGUUAGCCUGAGUUCCCCUUUUCCCCCAGAAAUGCCUGAUACUCAGGCUACUAGGAGUGGGAGACGUUAAAAUCCGGCUAAAAUAUCAAAGAGGCUGAAAAACAAAGUGUACCAUGACAUAAAAUUAUGCCUUUUUGCCCCUAUAAAAUACUUUCACCUUUUACGUAAACUUUGGAAGAAGACGCACUACUUUUCUUUUCGCCGUACUUCUGAUUAUCAUAGUGAUUUCUUAUUCUACUAUAGCAAUAACUUUGCGAGAACAAGACAGAACUCUUCAGUGCGGACAUCAAAGCAAUGAAAGAAAACACCAUUUAUAAAAAUAAGCCUUUGUGUGAUGCUGUCUUUUUACUUUCUCAUUCUUCCUUUGACAAUAGUGGCCAACUUAUUACCUGAUCCUAAAGUUUUCAAAUCUUGUUCUGUGCUCCAAAACAUCUGGUUACUUGUUCAGUUGGUGCUUUACACGUCUUCAAUUGUCAAUCCUAUCAUUUGCAUUGCAUUUGUUCAAAGCUUUCGUCGGGCCUAACCGAGAUCCUCCCAUGCUAUUACAGCACAAAUCUGAAAGUGGAAGAGAGACGAAAGAGCAACCAAAAGGAGACAAGAGUUGAACGGUUUUGAAUUAUUCCUGCAUUAGAUAAGAGAGAAACUUGAAUAGUAAUAAAAAAAAAAUUUGCAGAAAUAAUGAACAAUAAUGACGUUUAGCCUUAGUUUAAUCAACAGAAGUUUAGCCUUAGUGUUCAUCUAUCUGGAACCAUAUGUGCAGUAAAUAUAACCUGUGUAAAAUACAAUUUGUACGUAAACGGAACCACAUAGAGAGAAGUAAGUCUAGAAACACACUCAUUUAUUUUAAAACUGAACACCAUUCGCCAUUUUUGCAUUUCCAUAAUAGCCACGGUGUUUUUCCUCCAACAUUUUGCGAGCGCAUUGUUUUCAAUUUCUUUUAUGGGAAUCCCAGUCGUCUCUGCAAGACUUCUGACUUAAAUGUCUUUAAUAUCCACAGUAUGGAAUUUUUCCUAUUAGAUUGCCUUAAGCACUAACCUUGGGCAAACUGGCUUAUCAUAAAAGGUCCUUUUCCGUUUUUUUUUUCUCCGGAUGUCGUGAUUUUGGUUUAUGAUUUAUUUGUGCUUUUAUAUGGUUUGCUUUGUUAUUGUAUGUAAAACCAAGAGCCAUAUGGCUCCUGAUUCCUUCUAAUAAACUAAUAUAUCAUCUAGCAAAUCAGUCAUUUCCACCGAAAUCGUGGAAUCUAGCUCCCAAUCGGGAGAACCUUUCAAGAGAAAACCAUUUGCUUUUGUUUACAAAAUCACUUUGGUCGAUUAAAAGCACCUCCACGCAGGACGCCAUUAUUUCUUCACAGCACUGAAUGAAAGUUUGCGGACCUCUCGGGAAACCAAUUUCCGAUUGAUUCAAGCGUUUGAUUGGUCUAAAAAUAACUUUGGUGAAAUUCACAUAUCCCAAGGGCUAGACUAGGCGUUUCCGUCUCUGUCCCAUUAUGGCUCUUGGAGGAACUGAAGUCCGCGGACAGCGAUCCUAAUCAGGAAAUUUCAAUUUCGGAACUUCGGCAGGAAGAAAUAAACAACAACAAAAGGCAAACAGAGGAGUGGGAAUAAUCGUCGCACAAAACAAUCAAAGCAGCCAAACGUCAAUUCCAGUGACACCACUUCGACGCGCAAUUGGAACGAAAACGCAUGCAAUCAAAUCACAGUAGAAAUCAAAACAGGAAAGCAGCAGAGGUGCUAACAAAAAAAGGGCUAGAAAGUAAACUUCGCCCCAUGUGUCAAAACUUCGUACCAGAACAGCUCUAACAAUAAGUCAUGAAAAAUUUGAAAACCAAUCGAAAGCUAAUGGCUAAUCGAAGAAGUACUCGACGCUCAGAACAUUGUAUGUAAAACUUGUUUCUUCAGUGGCAGACGACGCAAACAAAACACAUCAAGUUCAUUUGACAUUCGACGUUGUGGGCCCAGCGUGUCAAAACGUUGCGGGAAACCAUCACAUUCGCGGACAAAAGAAAAUCGCUUUUAGUUAUUCAGUUCCAGGAGACACUUUGGAGAAAAUUAAACAACCUAAAACCCUUAUUUAGCCGCAACAAAGAGCGUUAAGUUUGGAUCAGAGGGCCAAUCCUGCCGACCAGAAACAAAACCCACAGAAAAUCAAUAUGCGAGUCAUGAUCUCUUAGUGUGAAACAAGCGGCAAAAAUCAAAUUUGUUAAAUCAAAACUUAGAACCCUCCAGAGCAUAAUCUACCAGCCAGAAGGAAAAAACCUAUUGGAACAAGUAGCAUCAUUUUAAGCAUUUUAGUUAAUUCUUUGACUUUAUGUUCAAAAUAAGUUUGAUAGUUGUCUACUGUAUGGUCUUGUUGGUUGGCUUGACUGGAAACGCCCUUGUAAUAACCUUGGUGUAG